AUGGCCGAAAUAUCAUUCAUUCGCUCUAUUAUUUCAUUGUGUCGUCAGUCGUUAAGUCAUGAUAGGCUCGCCAUAAAAUCUGCGGAGGAACAAACGUUUGCCUUGCUGCAGCCACAAGGAAGUGAUAUAGAACUUAAAAUAACGGCCUUAUUCAAGAUUAUAAUUGCACCAUCGUCAAUAUCAUUCAUAGGAAACAACCUCUCAGAUGAUGAGCUCAUGGGAUUGAAGUACGCAACGACAGAUGUACAACUAUGGGUGGCAAUCUUUUUGAAGAACUAUAUACGUUCCAAUUUUUGUGUCUCAAAAUCGUUCGGUGGAUUCAGUGAUACUCUACAACACCUGAUUGAGUCCUUCUUACUGGUCACAACGUUGAACAGUGAACCUUUGAGAAUCGCAAAACCAAUCGCUUCACAACUUGAAAAUGCACUACUAAUUGUUUCAGAUCUCGAAUUUCCUACAGGACUUGAAUAUGCAUUGGGUUUUAUUAGCUAUGGUCAUAUGAGUGAUAUAAAUCCUGGUUUAGUAUAUCCUACUUUGUAUUCACGACUUGAGGAUAAAUUAAAGUCAGAGCAAGCUUUGUCCGGAUCUUGUAAAGAAAAUAAUACAUUUACUCACUUGAACUAUGCGAAUAACUUGAUAAACUAUAUUCAGAUUUACACUGAAAUAAGACAAAUGAUUUUUUUGUACAAUAACGUUCUGAAUACAAAUAACGCUGCAGAUAUUUCUCACUCCUAUUUUGACUUUUUUAAUAAACUUUUGGAUUGUAUAAAGAAGAUGUGCGAACUUUCCAAGGGAAUUAGAUUAGGAGAUAUAGCUUCAAAUGAUUUUCUGCAGGCAGCAAACUCUGUAUUCCCACUGACUACAUUGAAUACGCAUGUUGCAAACCCAUAUAAUAAGACAUAUGACAUUAAUUACUACCCUGCUGAUGAUUUGUUCUUUUUUGACGAUCGUAAAUUGUAUUAUGAUGCACAAUUGUGGCAAUUUGGAUCAAACGUUCCCGAACUAGGUGCUCCAAAGCACACUCUACAGGUUUCUCUUUCUCAUUUAGUACUCACAGAGAUUUCAGUAAACUUGGAAUAUUUUAAGGAUAAAAUAAAAGCUUUAGCGCUACUUAAAAAAUUUAUGAAACGAUACAAAACAAGGGUUUAUAGCAAUGAAAUUUCAAUGGAAUUCAAAGUAAUUCUAACAUUAUGUGACUCACAUUUGCUGUACAUAUUCAAAUAUAGCAUUGCUAAGUUAACUGAAUAUCUCUCCAUUCUGAAUUCUCUCAAUACUGCUGCAAAAAAAUCUAUAUCUGCGAUAAUAAUGGACUUGUUCGAAUUAAUAACACAUGUAACGAAGAUAUUUUGCUAUAUACACGCAUUUGAUCUACCUGAAUCUUUUGAAGAUAACGCUCAACAUUAUUUUAGUGGAAUGAUUAUGACAAUUAAUCUUAAUGAUCAGUUUUUGAUGGAGAUAGAUUCAAAUGGUGUCAUAGUUAAGAUGAAAAUUGCUAUUUUCAAAUUGUUCCGUUAUUAUGCCGAAAGGUAUCAGGAGGCAUUUCAUCCAUUUGCUUUCACAUGUAUAGAGGACGCUGUUAGUGUAUCUCGUUCGAUAACACAGGAUAGUGACCACGAUCGCCUCUGUUGUGCGGCUCUAAACUUUUUAUCUGCUGCAUCUUCAACACACUGGAAGAGUACGGAGCCAUCAAUACGAAGGAAUCCUUUUAUGAAUAGUGCUUUUCUGGCAGAAAUCAUACAAACCAUUAUUCUUCCAAAUAUUGGUUUUAGGGAAUAUGAUUUAUAUCUUUUAGAUGAUGCACCUGUAGAAUUUUUACAACGUGAAUUGGAUUCAAGCUCUUGUUUCAGCAGAAGGUUUGCUGCAAUUUCAUUCUUGAAAAAAGUAGUGACUAAUUAUAAUCAAUUUUGUCAUCAAAUUCUUUCUGAGGCAGCCAAAAACGUUGCCGCAAGUAAUGAUUACAAAUUAAAAGAACUUUAUUUACAAUUGGUUAUUUGUUCAAAUUUCAAGGGAGAAGCCAACAGAUUUAACGUUAACCAGUAUUUUGUCGACUACUUAAAAAAUGAUUUUAUCGUGGAAUCACAAAAACCGCAGACACAACAAAAAAAUAUAUUAGUUAUUCUAGCAACGAUGAAAUAUAUUUGUACAUUCCGCAAAUCGAUUUCGGAGGAUGAACUUGUAUUAUUGAUACCAUCACUUGUUUCAUUCCUGGGGAAUGGGCAUGAAGCUAUUAGAUCAUUUGCAUCGGAAGCUAUCGCAAGAAUAUUACCUGGAUUGUUUAACCAUCGGUUAGGGUUGAAAAAUAGUUUAUUUCAGGGCUUGGAGUGUUUGUUGAAUAUGAUGAGGAGUAAUAAAUCGUGUAACGAAUUUUACAUUAAGUGUACAAUGAAAAUAUUUUUGUUUUUACGUGAAGAUAUUCGUGAAAGUGGGUUGUUAACACUCGAAAUCAUUAUAGAUCUGAUAAAGGCCGUUUCUGAUAACCCAAUUAAUCCCAUAUACAACCACUAUUUGUUUGAAUCACUAUCAAUAUUGUUAAGAAUACAUCUUCAGUCUGGAAACAAUGUAAAUUUAUCACUAGAAAAGAUUGAAGAGGUAUUGAUCCCAACCCUUGCUUUGAUCAUAAAACAAGAAAUGCACUCAUUCAUACCUUAUAGUUUUCAGAUAUUAUAUUUGUUGUUAAAAUUCGCCAAAAAGUCGACAGUAAUUUAUGUACAAUUAUUUGAGCAUCUGGUUUGUCUAGAUAACCUCAAAGUUUCAAUUGGGAAUGCACAAGGAGCUCUCAAGUUGCUUGUGUGUUACUUUAUGCAGUGCGAUUUAUUUGAAAACGAAAUACUUGUCAACAUGGAAAAAAUACUGAAUAUAUUCCAUUUUUGCUUAACACACAGAAGGCUAUCCAAAUAUUCAUUGGAUUUUCUUAAUGGAAUCAUAAGAUAUCUACCCCUGAGAUAUUAUAACACGUUUUUGAAGUCAAUAGUUACAGUGCUGUUGACAUUUGUUCACAACAACAAAACAGGAGACAUAAUACCUAGUGUUAUAACAACAAUCGGAUCUCUAAUCACGUAUUUACAUAUCCAGACCGCUUCUCUCUCGAUAAUGGACGUUUUUGACAGUAUCCAAAUUGGAAUAGGUUUGAAUUUCAUGUUAGUCGUCUAUUUACCAAAUGCCAAGAAAAGCCUAUCUAUCGAUGCAAAGAAAGUUCAUGCUAUCGCCAUUUCUAAAGUAAUGUCUACACCACAGGUUCAGAGAGAUAGUGAAGCAUUCGGAAAUAUGUUGGAAUUCCUAUCAGAUUUGAUAUCUGGAACAGGCAUGGUUGACAAUCUCAAAGAGCGUGACAUAUUUGAUAGGGAAUAUAUGGAAGAUUCUGAUAGUGGUACCAUUGACUUCGAUGUUGGUUACGUAAAUCUGCAAACUGUCGACGAUUCUAACAGCAAAAGGUUGCUAGACCCUGACCUAAAUGUAGAACCUCUGCUAAAGAGUAUACUUACCCCGUUGUCUACCGCCAUUUCUGCUCAUGUUUCAAAUAGUGGAAGGUGUACUCACAUUUUGACACUAUUAUCGUAG